AUGACACAGAAGAAUAAAUGCACAAGAAGUACCAGCUUUACUCUAUUUCCUUCUUCGGCUAAGAAUUAUGAAGUCGAGUUCCUCAUGUAUCGAAGAUGGGAGGAUCCGCGACUCAAGUACCAAGAUGAUGGUCGCCACAAGUAUUUGAACGGGAUGAGCCACGUAAAUGACGUUUGGCUUCCUAAUACAUACAUCGUGAAGCAUGGGAGCUUGAAGGAGCCGCUAGUUGAUGUCAGCCUCAGGGUGUAUGAUAAUGGAUCAGUUGUUCAUAUAAUGAGCUUUUGGGAAUCCGAAAAGUACGUGUACGUUGUUGGUCUUUUUGUUCAGGCUUAUGGCUUAUUGUACCUUAAUUGCUGUCGCCAACGUGCUAAACGGGAUUCGGAUGGCUAUUUGUGGAUAACAGGUCGUGUGGACGAUAUGCUGAAUGUUUCUGGCCAUUUGUUGUCAACAGCAGCAGUCGAAUCAGCUUUAAUAACGCAUCCAUUCGUCGCGGAAACUGCUGUUGUUUCCACUUCACAUUCUGUAAAAGGAGAAUGCCUGUACUGCUUUAUUGUUUUAAAAGAGGGAAAAGAAUUUAAUGAACAGGUUGGAAAAGAGUUGAAGGAAAAAGUUCGAUAUUGGAUAGGACCAUUUGCUACACCAGAAUACCUGCAUAUCACAUCUGGUCUGCCCAAAACAAGAUCUGGAAAGAUACUGCGUCGUGUCUUAAGAAAAAUCGCUGCAAAUGAUCAUGAUUUAGGAGAUCUCACAUCUCUUGCUGAUGAUUCUUUGAUUGAAAAGUUAUUUAAAAGCCGUCCUCAGACUGCUUAAAAUAAGAGAGUAUAUAUGUUCGAGAUGUGAAGAAUUUAAAAAGUAAUUUCAGAUUAUGUGCUUGUUGGUUUUGCAAAUCAAUAGAACUAUUACUUUUCAGAAAUGUCACAAAAGUAGUUAUGCAUGAUGCUGGUGUGUGUAGUCUAAGAGCGUUAUAUGUACUUAUUUCAUUUAUUCUUCAAAAGUAGGGAGCACAAAGUUGCAGCAUCUCUUACAUAUGAAGAUUGUUUUAGAAAAUGUCAACGAAAUGUGUGAAUAAUGCAUAUCAUGAACUUAUAGAGCUAGUAUAGUAGAUAUGAAAGAUUACAAUUGUAUCUAAAGACUAGAACAAGGACUGGCUUCAUACCUUAAAAGAAUUGAUUAGUUUACUUAAUUGAUCAGAUUUGUAUACUGAAAUACAUCUGACUUAAUGCUUCCUUGCUUAUUUAUGUUUUAUAAAAUUUAAUUUAUUUACAUAUUAAUUCAGUAAUUUUUCUAUUAAUUUUAUUUUUAUGACAGAUAAAGUAAGUAUAUUUCAUUGUCAUUAAUUCCUUUUCAUUUGUUUUACAAUUUGAUCAAACACAGCUGAUGAACAUUGUAAGCUGAGGGAAUUCGAGAAUGAAAUGAAAUUCAAAUUAAAAGUUAAUGUUUUUAUUUGAUACGUUUUUUAAAUACAGUUUCUUCCUUUUUUUUUUUUUUGCAAACAUUUCGGCUUCAAAUGCAGCAAAUGAAAACACAUCUUUCUAAAUAAGUUUGAUUUCGCUUAUUACAUAAAGCAUAACUCACUCAAUUACUUAGCAUGAGUUUUGUAACAAAUUUUUAUCUUAAAAUGAGCUCUUGAUACUAGAAUGUGUUCCCUUGGAUACAAAACUAGCCAUUGAACGAUGGUGAAAAAUACAUAUCAUGGACAAUAUAUACAUAUAUGUUGAAUUGUUACAAAGACAAACUCGUCCAGGCAUGGAUUGCUUGUUUGAAUAAAGUAUUUGUUAAAUUGUAUGUUAUUUUAUUACCAUUAAAGCUUUAUG